AUGGCCGCAUACACCACCAAACGCACGGCCAGUAUUCAUGAGAAUAAGGACAAACGGUACAGACAAGUUACAGUCACAGAUCUGAAAGAAAGAACAGAAAGCCCCACAGACAGCGAUGAAAGCAACAGAAGAAAUCGCAACUCCUCUCACCAGACCUCUUCCAAUGUUGCCUCUUCCUCCUCCAGUUCGCUGGACUCCCAAGAGAACUCUCCAAUCGAUCAAGUUGCACUUACUGUACCAACAACAGAUGAUCCUACUCUCUCUGCAGUUACAUUUCGCACAUGGACGCUUGGCACUCUUGCUUGCAUCGUCCUCUCCUUCCUCAACCAGUUCUUCUGGUACCGCCGGGAACCUCUGGUCAUCACCUCCAUCUCCGCUCAGAUCGCGGUAGUCCCUCUAGGCCACCUCAUGGCUUCCUUCAUAACCAGAAAAGUUUUUCUCAAAGGAACGAAAUGGGAGUUCACGCUGAACCCUGGACCGUUUAACGUGAAGGAGCAUGUGUUGAUCACCAUCUUUGCUAAUUCUGGUGCUGGAAAUGUUUAUGCCAUUCACAUUGUCAGUGCUGUUAAGUUAUUUUACAAGAAGGAGUUGGCGUUUUUCGUAGCCUUGCUAGUAGUUUUAACGACACAGAUGCUGGGGUUCGGGUGGGCUGGUGUGUUUAGAAGGUACUUGGUUGAGCCUGCUGCUAUGUGGUGGCCGCAGAAUCUUGUUCAAGUUUCCCUCUUCAGGGCAUUACACGAGAAAGAGGAAAGGCGUAAAGUUGGAUUAACACGGAAUCAGUUCUUCAUCGUUGCAUUCAUUUGCAGCUUUGCUUAUUAUGCCUUUCCAGGCUAUCUUUUCCCAAAGUUGACCUCUAUAUCCUGGCUCUGUUGGAUAUUCCCCGCUUCCAUCCUAGCUCAUCAGCUAGGAUCAGGACUCCUUGGUCUUGGGAUUGGUGCCUUUGGAUUUGAUUGGGCCACCGUAUCCUCUUACCUUGGGAGCCCCCUAGCCAGUCCAUGGUUUGCAACAGCAAAUAUAGCAGCUGGUUUUGUGCUUAUUAUGUAUGUCAUUAUCCCUAUUGGAUAUUGGCUCAACAUUUACAAGGCCAAGAACUUUCCCAUAUUCUCAGAUGGCCUCUUCACAUCAGCUGGCCAAAGCUACGAUAUCUCUGCUAUCACAGACCCGAAAUUCCGUAUUGACAUUGAUGCAUAUGAGCGUCAAGGCCUUCUUUAUCUCAGCACCAUGUUUGUUAUGACUUAUGGUAUGAAUUUUGCCUGCAUGACUGCCACAGUUGUUCAUGUUUUCCUUUUCCAUGGGAGAGAUAUGUGGGAACUAAGCAAAUCUGCCUUCAAAGACAAGAAAAUGGAUGUUCAUACAAUUAUCAUGAGAAAAUAUAAUCAAGUCCCAGAAUGGUGGUUCUUGUGCAUCCUUCUGUUAAACAUAGUCGCAACAAUGUUUACAUGUGAGUACUUCAAGGAUCAACUCCAAUUGCCAUGGUGGGGUGUCUUGCUGGCAUGUGGUAUUGCCUUAUUUUUCACCCUUCCUAUCGGAGUCAUCACUUCUACAACAAAUCAGACACCGGGCUUAAAUGUCAUAACUGAAUACAUCAUAGGGUAUUUGUACCCUGGAUAUCCCGUCGCUAACAUAUGCUUUAAAGUUUAUGGAUACAUCAGCAUGAAACAAGGGAUCACCUUCUUGCAAGACUUCAAGCUUGGGCAUUAUAUGAAGAUUCCUCCCAGAGCCAUGUUCAUGGCACAGGUGGUUGGUACCAUAGUAGCAGCAUUGGUACAUUUAAGCACUGCAUGGUGGCUGAUGGAAGCCAUCCCAAAUCUAUGUGAUCGUGAAUCGCUUCCACCAGGAAGCCCAUGGACUUGCCCUAGCGAUCAUGUCUUCUACGAUGCGUCUGUCAUCUGGGGUCUUAUCGGUCCUCGCAGAAUUUUUGGAGACCUUGGCCACUAUUCAGCUAUCAACUGGUUUUUCUUAGGUGGAGCUAUAGCUCCUAUCCUAGUUUGGCUGGCACACAAGGUCUUCCCUAACCAGCAUUGGAUUGGACUUAUCUCCACGCCUGUAAUCUUAGGAGGCACCCUCCACAUGCCACCAGCUACUUCUGUGAACUACAUUACGUGGAUUGCUAUUGGGUUUGCUUCAGGUUUCAUUGCUUAUAGGUACUAUCGCGACUGGUGGAGUCGCAAUAACUAUGUGCUAUCUGGGGCACUGGAUGCUGGAUUGGCCUUUAUGGCAGUAUUGCUGUACGUGUGCUUGGGGAUGCAUCAUGUUAGCCUCGAUUGGUGGGGAAGCGAUUCGGAAGGAUGCCUGUUAGCUUCUUGCCCAACAGCUCCUGGGGUUAUACUUAAAGGUGCUGGUGGGCCUGCUGGUGGGUUCUCGUGUGAGCUAGAGCCUGAGCCUGCAACAAUUGAGCCAAGAUUUAUCAAACUAGAGUGA